AUGGCACAGACAGGGGGGCCCCCCAGCUGCUGCAGCAGCAGACAAAGGCGUAGCAGCAACUGCAGCAGCAACAGCAGCAACAGCGCUGAUUCCGAUGUUGAUAUAAUAGGGGUGGGUGUGGGGAGUCCUAAAAGGGCCUCCCGCUGCCUCAAUAAGCGACGACAGCAGCUGCAGCAGCAGCAGCAGCAGCAGCAGCAGCAGCAGCAAGAAUCGGAGGGGGAAGUGAGCUGCUGCAGUAUCAGCAGCAGCAGCAGCAACGGAGGUAAUGGCAAUGUUAGUGACUGCAGCAAUUCAGAUGUCUGCAUCCUUAGCGGCAGCGACAGCGAAGAGUGCCUCGCGGUUGCUGCAGCAGAGCAGCAGCAGCAGCAGCAACAGCAACAGCAGCAGCAGCAGCAGCAGCAGCGCCACCGUGCAGCAGUGAGUUCACUGCAGCAGCUGCUGCUGUGCCCGUCUCUUGCAGCAGCAAUCGUGUCUCUGCUGCCAUCUGCUGCGGAUGUACGAGCCCUUCUUGUUGCAGUUGGUUGCUGCUGCUGCACCUCAGCAGCAGCAGCAGCAGCAGCAACAGAAGCAGCAGCAGCAAAAACAGCAGCAGCGGCACUGUCUGCUGUAGCAUACAGGGGAAUCUGUAUGAAGCGUCUUUCUGCUUCGAAGGCGCUCAACAGGUUUGCUGCAGCACUGCAGCAGCAGCAGCAGCAGCAGCAGCAGCAGCAACAGCAGCAGCAGCAGCAGCAACAGACGGCAGCCCCAAGUGUUGCUGCAGCCAUAUCAGAAGCUGCUGGCACGGAUGCAGCAGCAGUUGUUGAUGCAGAUACAGCAGCAGCAGCAGCAGCAGCAACAGCAGCAACAGCAGCAACAGCAGCAGCAGUAGAGACAACAGCACAUCCUCUGUCUGUUGCUGCUGCCUGGCAGCAAGUCUUUUGGGUGUCUGUACACCUCAAGUACUGCGACGCAUGCGGCAAGAGGAUUCGGAGCCCCAAAGAAAGCGGCGCAGCCGCAGCAGCAGCAGCAACAGCAGCAGCAGGAGCAGCAGCAGCAGCAGGAGCAGCAGCAGCAGCAGCAGGACCAGCAUCUGAACCUGCAGCAGCAGGAGAACCAGUAGAAGAAGCAACUCCAGCAGCAACAGCAGCAGCAGCAGCAGAACGAAGAGAACCCGCAGCAGAAGCAAGUACAGAAACAGCAGCAGCAGCAGCAGCAGCAACAACAGCAGCAGCAGCAGCAGCAGCAGUAGGUUUAUGCAGCAGCUGCCGCGAGUCUCUGCUGCCUCGCCAGGAGGCCCUAAGCAUCCUCAGGCGCAUGCGAUCGGAUGAGUUGCUGCUGCAGCAACACCUCAAGCGCAGCAGCAGCAGCAGCAGCAGCAGCAGCAGCAGCAGGGGGUGCGGUGCGGUGGGUUUUGCAGCACAUGCAAGGGGUGCAGCAGCAGCAGCAACGAGAACAGCAGCAGCAGCAGCAGCAGCAGGGUGGUGUCUUGGGGGUUUAUUCAUAGAUAAACAACUGGUUUUGGGGCUGCAUGCAGCGCAUGCAGCAGCAGCAGCAAACAUCAAGCAGCGGCUGCUGCAGCAGAUGGCUAACAGGUGGGCGGAGAGCUGCGGCCCCCUCUUUGUUCGGCAGCACAUUGCUGCUGCUGUUGCAGCAGCAGCAGCAGCAGCAGCAGCAAACCCUGCUGCUGCUGCUGCUGCUUACAAAGGGCCCCCGCAGGAUAACUUGGCGGUCAUUGCGAGUUUUGCUUCUCAGACAAAACAUACUGCAGCAGCAGCAGCAGCAGCAGCUGCUGCUGCUGCUGCAGCAGCAGCAGCUGCUGCUGCCGCAACGUCAGCACCCGCCGAGGCAGGGGGGCCAUCAGAAGCAGAAGCAGCAGCAGCAGCAGCAGCAGCAGCAGCAGCAGCAGCAACAGGGUUGAGUUCAGCAGCAGACGAGUCUGGAGCAGAUGCUCCUGCUCGUGUUGCUGCUGCUGCUGCUGCUGCUGCUCCUGCUGCUGCUGCUGCUGUUGGAUGCCAGGAGAGGGAAACAUUGCCUGCUGCUGCUGCUGACUGUCUUGCUGCAGCACAGAGACUAACAGCUCGUGGUGCUGCUGCUGUUGCUGUUGGGUUUGAGGGGGAGAAGCUGCUGCUGCAGGCAAUAGGGCCUAGCCGGCUGCAGCUGGUGUCGCUGCGGGGUGCUGCUGCUGCUGCUGCUACUGCUGCUGGAGACGCAGCAGCAGCAGCAGCAGACACAGAUGCUGCUGCUGCUGCUGCUCCUGCUGCUGCUGCUGCUGCUGCUGUUUGUGAUUUUAGUGGGGUUUCUCCCUUCCGCUGCAGCAGCUUAACCGCUCUGAUGGCGAAGUGUUUUGCUGCGCUGCUGCGGCCGUUGCUGCUGCUGCUGCACCAGGAUGCUGCAGCAACUGCAGCACAGCAGCAGCAGCAGCAGCAGCAGCAGCAGCAGCAGCAGCAAACAGCAGCAGCAGCAGCAGCAGCAAAUACAUUGCAUUUGGGGCUGCGCCUCGAUGACUUCUUCUGUGCUUGUG